AUGAAACCAGUCGAUUCUGAUAGAGACAUAUUCUCUCCUUCGGGGUUCAUGGAAGAUUCCGAUGUUCCAGUCGUUCAAGCAAUCUCGUUGUUAGGACAGCAGCUAUUCGGUUGGCCUCUACAUGCUUUCUUUAAUCUGUCUGCUGGUAAAGACAGUCUCCUGCGAGAUGUUUCUGUAACCGAGCGUGGGCUGAGAGUCAGUCUCUUUGAUCCUUGGAGCUCUGUUGUUAAGAAUAACGAAGCAUGGAGCGUGUUGGCCUCUGACUGCGGUCUUGGCAUCAUGGGUUGCUUUUUGGGCUGGUGUGGCCAGGAAUUUGGGUCAAAAACCAUGGUUCUGCUAUACCUUCUACCCUAUCUAUGGGUUAACAAUUGGUUGGUUGCCAUCAACUAUCUCCAACAUAACCAUGCCCAAGUGCCUCACUAUACCGAUGAGGGGUGGAACUUCACCAAAGGGGCUCUAUCAACAAUCGACAGAGACUUCGGCUUUAUCGGGAGGCACUUCAUCUAA